GAGAGCACAGCCUCCCGGCUGCCCGGCCGCGGGGAGAGCCUGCUUUUGUCAUGAUGGCCAGCUACCCGGAGCCCGAGGACACGGCGGGGACCCUGCUGGCACCGGAGAGGGGACGCGCAGUCAAAGAGGCCGAGGCGUCGCCGCCGAGUCCCGGCAAAGGCGGCGGGACAGCACCGGAGAAGCCGGACCCCGCGCAGAAGCCCCCGUACUCGUACGUGGCGCUCAUCGCCAUGGCGAUCCGCGAGAGCGCCGAGAAGAGGCUCACCCUGUCCGGCAUCUACCAGUACAUCAUCGCCAAGUUCCCGUUCUACGAGAAGAACAAGAAGGGCUGGCAGAAUAGCAUCCGUCACAACCUCAGCCUCAACGAGUGCUUCAUCAAGGUGCCGCGCGAGGGCGGCGGCGAGCGCAAGGGCAACUACUGGACGCUCGACCCGGCCUGCGAGGAUAUGUUCGAGAAGGGCAACUACCGGCGCCGCCGCCGCAUGAAGCGGCCUUUCCGGCCGCCGCCUGCUCACUUCCAGCCGGGCAAGGGGCUCUUCGGGAGCGGAGGAGCGGCGGGCGGCUGCGGCGUGCCCGGAGCGGGGGGAGAUGGCUACGGCUACCUGGCGCCACCCAAGUACCUGCAAUCGGGUUUCCUCAACAACUCCUGGCCCCUGCCGCAGCCGCCCUCGCCCAUGCCCUACGCCUCCUGCCAGAUGGCGGCAGCCGCGGCAGCCGCUGCUGCAGCCGCUGCAGCCGCCGGCCGGGGCAGCCCCGGUGCAGCCGCGGUGGUCAAGGGGCUAGCGGGCCCCACGGCCUCCUACGGGCCGUACUCGCGCGUGCAGAGCAUGGCGCUGCCUCCGGGCGUCGUGAACUCCUACAACGGCCUGGGGGGCCCUCCAGCCGCGCCCCCUCCGCCGCCCCCGCCGCCGCACCCUCACCCGCACCCUCACGCACAUCAUCUGCACGCGGCCGCCGCGCCCCCGCCAGCCCCGCCACACCACGGGGCUGCCGCGCCUCCCCCGGGUCAACUCAGCCCCGCCAGCCCGGCCACCGCCGCGCCCCCGGCACCCGCGGCCACGAGCGCACCCGGCCUGCAGUUCGCCUGCGCCCGGCAACCCGAGCUCGCAAUGAUGCAUUGCUCGUACUGGGACCACGACAGCAAGACAGGCGCGCUGCACUCGCGCCUGGAUCUCUGAGUGCCACCGCGCGCGGGAGCUGUCCUCCCCAUCCCGGGAGUGGAGGAGC